GUGUAGGGUUCACUCAAUGUGUCAUGAAUACUAUAAUAUACUGAAUUUCCAACUACGUAGGUGUACAGCAUGACAUUCGUCGCCAGUUUUUGCUAAACACAUACUCAUAGAAACUUACAUUGGUGUUUAAAAUAAUUAAAUAAUUCAAAAUAAUGAAAGAAAUACUAUUUGUUUCUGCGUUGACGUUAUUCGUAUUGAGCGAGGCGAGGCCAGGUGCGGUGAUACAGAAACCAGUUGAACUAGAAAAAUCUGUCAAUGCUGAAGAAAAUCAUGUACGAGUACGGCGAGGGUACUUUGAUUAUGGUGACUUCAUGAGCAAUUUUUGGGAGAAUAUGAACAAGUGCACCAACUGCAAUACGCUUAAUGUUGGAAAUGGUUAUAAAAAUUGGAAUAAAGUUGUCAUGGAUAAAAGACAGAAAUCGAGCAACCAGAACAUUGGUAUGUUAAAUAUUGGAAAUGGAUAUAAAAACCGAAAUACGGUAUUUCUUGGUACAGGGUCGAAUUCGCCCAACCAAGACAUAGUCAGUGUUGGAAAUGGAUCUAAGAACACGAAUACAGUUUACUUUGGUGUAAACCCUGGAUCAGUCAAGGGAGACCCUUUCACAGGAUCAUUUUGGGAAGAUUAAUAAGAAUACCUUACACAGAAAAAGCCCGUUUACAUAACUUACUUUAUAAAUGAAUCAUGUUUUUUCAAGUACCUACAUAUUUAGGUAUACAAGUUGAGUAUUAUAAGAUAGUAUGAAUGAUAUUGUAAGACCAUAUAAAAUAGAA